GGAAAUCCUUUCAUACAAGUUUUGUUUUGUGUGUUGUUAUUCCAUGGACUAGCUGGCGCACAUCUAUGGUGACGGCCAUGAAAUGUCAGGAUGAUGUCUCUUAAAGGUCUUGACAUCCAUCACUCGAGUACCCUUCCAUCCAUUUUGGAUACAUAUCUAUCUCCAGGAUAUAUCAAAAAGGAUGAGAAAAAACAACAGAAGAUGAGCUUGAGUAGCAAAGAGGAGGGAGGUUUCCUGAAGACCUCCCGCAGCGACUCAGGGGAGGAAGCCAGAGUCAGGCAGAAGGCUGCCCUCGAUCAGCGCCAUCUAGAGGUGUACAGGAACAUGCACCUGCUGAGAAAUGUGAUGUACCGUCGCUACGUUGCUCUGCUGAAGGAGAAAAUCCACAGACAAAGACAGGAGAUCAAACGCCAUGAACAGGCCAGUCUCAACCCCCCAGAAAAAGCUAGAGAACAGAGGCAUGGCAGAGUGCUCGGACAGAAGCUGCCCUGUUGCACCCUCUCACACGAUGACUCCCACCUGAAGUCUCUGCCUAAAACCAGCUACUAUCUGAUUGUGGACCUGCAGGAUGAACUGGCCAGGCGUGGCUGCCUAAAGACCCGGCGGGACCAGGAGGAGUUCAGGUCGUUGGUGGGACAGAACCAUGGGACAGCCCGUCUGGAGAGCAGGCUGAAGGAGAUCCCGAUUAGCAGCAGGACCGCUCCUGAUCAGAGGUCAGUGGAAAGGAGACAGAAGGAGAAGUCAAGGACAGCUCCUAUUGUUCAGAUCACUGUGGAUGAAGGAAGUCACCAGGAACAAACCGUUCUGUCUGAGGGAGAGGCUGGGGACAGUGACACCGCCCUCCAUCCACAGGGCAAACACCCACAGGAGCAGGAUGAAAUGGAGCAAAUGUUUCCCAAGUUGCAAGUACCCAAGUUCGUGACACUUCAGCCUGGUUUUCUGGACCAGUUCAAACCCAGCAUUCUUCCUGAGCUGAGGAUCUGCGAUCCACCACAGAAAAGGAGAAAAGCAGGCUCAAAUCUGAAGAAACUGCAUCUCAUGCACAGCCUCUCCCUCACCAACAUGGCGACCUCACAGCGAAUGUUGGACAGAAAUGGACACUUUCAACACUGGGAAGAGGAGGACCACGUUCGUGGCCUGGACCAGCCCAAGAGAGAUGCCUGCCUCUUCUCCAAAGCAUGGCACACCACCCCCUACAGGCACCCAAUGGUCAAAAGUGAUCUCUGAGCACACAGAGACGGCCAGAAACGCGAUACCCGAGCCCUUAACCUUGGAGGACGUCUGUCAACAGCAUCCUGUGACAGUCAUAGACCAUCACUGUAAAAGUUGGACCAAUUACGUUUAGAAUGCCAAUGUGUGCUGAGCAAUGAGGACACCGCCCAUAGCAACAGCAACAACAGCGACUACAGAAAAUAUGCAAUGGAACAAAAGUGAGAAUGUGCUGCAUCCCUCUGUACUGACUCACCAGGAUGAAAAAUGACUCCUUCCAAUGAGACACCAACUGACACCAACUCCUUCCAAUAAGACUGAGGGAAAAGCAACCAGCCCUUUGUCAUACGUAAAAGAGAACACUCCCAAUCAGAGCUAGUUUAGAGCAAGACUUUGGACACGCAGAACUGUCGAGUGCCAUGAAUUGCUGAAUGACCUCAUCGCUGCAAUCACUGCUGAGUUCAGCUAACAGAAAAGCUGGUGUGAAGUGGUGGACAUCUGCACAGUAACUUCAGAAGUGACACGCACAUGUUCAACACAGCCUAGAUCCACCAUUACACAGUCUGCAGGACAGUGCUAUGCAGGACCAGCACGAUGAGUGUCAGUGGCCAUCUGGAGGGACUGAGAUGAA